UCAGCAUCAAAAUUCUAAAAACAAAAUAUAUUUAUUUUUUUUAUCGAAAUCAAUAAAUUUUUGUUCUGUUUUAAUUCAUAAUGUGUUCUCCUUGUGGCCCGUGCAGCCCUUGUGAUCCAUGUUGUGGACCAUUUGAAUGCUCGCCAAAAUGUUAUAAUGCUGCGCAAUUGGAAGCCCUGCCGCAGUGUGCACCACGUAUCCCACCGCCAUUUCCUAAAUGCAUAACUGUUCAGCAACCGCCAAGGCUUAUAUGUAAGAAACGAGUAGUAUUUACUGAAAAGAUUGUGCCGGAGCCUAUGGUUGUGAAUCGUUGUCGUCAAAUUACUGUGCCAAAAGUUGUGGACGCGACUCGAGUUAUAAAAGUUCCAAAGCUUAUUUGGGUGUCACAAAUGGUUCGCGAACCGCGUGUCAUAUAUUACCCAUCUAUGAUUCCUGAUCCCUAUGUAGUCUGCUAUCCGAAGCGUGUUUGCGAGCCUAGAGAAGUGUGCCAGUCCAUACUGUGUCAGCCAAAACCACAAACUAUUGACAUACCACCACCACGUGAAUACUGUUGCUACCCAAAUGGACCAAUAAAUUAUAAGCCGAGUGCCGCUUGUCCUCCGUGUCCUAUAGGACCGUGUGCGCCAGCUGGAGCUUGUUGCCCUCUUCCCUGCUUUUCUACUAAUCAGUAUCCAGUGUGUGAAACUCGCUGUGGACCUUGUGGACCAGGACGUGGUGGUCCGUGUGGACCAGGGCGUUGUGGUCCAUGUGGACCAGGACGUUUUGGACCAUGUGGACCCUGUGGAGGAACUUGUGCUGUGCCAAAUUGUGGACCAUGUGGCAUGACAAUGCCUUCCGGUCCUUUUGUACCCGCACCUUGUGGCCCGUGUGGGACGGGUUGUGGUCCAUUGGGAAAUGCACCGUGUGGUCCCUCUGGACCGUGUGGUCCUUGUUCGCCACCAUGCCCCUACGAAUCACCUGAGUGUGGUCCUUGUUAUCCUUGCGCACCAACGCCAUGGAAUACGCAUUGCGGACCAGUUGGGCCGUGUGGUCCUCAAGUUCCUUGCGGCCCCUGUGGUCCUUGUUAAAAAUCACACUUGAUAGUACCAAAUUCAUAUUACUAACGUCUGA